AUGUCUACCUCAUCAAAGCUUAACUGGCUCGUCAACUUGGACGUGCAAGAGCCACGCGGAAAGAAGAACUUCCGUAGAUCUUCGAUCAUCUGCACUAUUGGUCCUAAGACCAGUACUGUUGAGAACUUGGUGAAGUUGAGAAAGGCUGGUAUGAACAUUGCCAGAAUGAACUUCUCUCACGGUUCAUAUGAGUUCCACCAGGGUGUCAUCAACAACUGCAGAAAGUCCGAGGAGAUUUACGCAGGCAGACCAUUGGCUUUGGCUUUGGAUACCAAGGGACCAGAGAUCAGAACUGGUUUGACCAUUGGCGGUAAGGACUACCCAUACAAGGCUGGUGAAACUUUGACUUUCACCACCGAUGACAAGUACGCUGAGAAGUGUGACAGCAAGCUUGUGUACGUUGACUACAAGAACUUGACCAAGGUCAUAAAGGUUGGAAAGAUCAUCUUCGUUGAUGAUGGUAUCCAGUCGUUCGAGGUUGAGGAGAUCGUUGACGACAAGACCUUGAAGGUUAAGUCAUUGAACAGCGGUAACGUCUCUUCCAAGAAGGGUGUCAAUCUUCCAAACACCCCAGUCGACCUCCCAGCUCUUUCCGAGAAGGAUGAGGCUGACUUGAGAUUCGGUGUCAAGAACCAUGUUGACAUGGUCUUCGCUUCUUUCAUCAGAACUGCCGACGAUGUUAGACACAUCCGUCGUGUCCUCGGUGAAGAGGGUAAGGACAUCAAGAUCAUCUGCAAGAUCGAGUCCCAGCAGGGUGUCGACAACUUCGAUGACAUUUUGAAGGUCACCGAUGGUAUCAUGGUUGCCCGUGGUGACCUUGGUAUCGAGAUUCCAGCCCCAGAGGUGUUUGCUGUCCAGAAGCAGUUGAUCGCCAAGUGCAACUUGGUCGGUAAGCCAGUUGCCUGUGCCACCCAGAUGUUGGAGUCCAUGACGUAUAACCCACGUCCAACCAGAGCUGAGGUUUCCGAUGUUGGUAACGCCAUUUUGGACGGUGCUGACUGUGUCAUGCUUUCCGGUGAGACUGCCAAGGGUAACUACCCAUGUGAGGCUGUUACUAUGAUGUCUCAGACCGCUCUUCUUGCCGAGCACUGCUUCCCAUACGUCUCUCACUUCAACGAGAUCAGAGAGUUGACCGCCAAGCCUGUCGACACCACCGAGACCAUCGCUUUGUCUGCUGUUGCCGCUGUUGUUGAGCAGUCCGUUAAGGCCGUCGUUGUUCUUUCUACAACCGGUGCUACUGCAAGAUUGACCUCCAAGUACAGACCAAACUGCCCAAUUCUCUGUGUCACCAGAAACCAGCACACCGCUCGUGUGUGCCAUCUUUACAGAGGUGUGUAUCCAUUUGUCUACACUGCUGAGAGAGCUGCUGACUGGAACGAGGACAUUGAGGCCAGAAUUCAGUUCGCUAUCAAGAACGGUGUUGAGAUGGGUCUUUUGAACAAGGGCGACCAGAUCGCUGUCGUCCAGGGCCACGCCAAGGGUCUUGGUCACUCUAACACCAUGAGAAUCUUGUCUGCUUAA